UGGCGGCUCGGUGAUCGUCCAUGUGGCUCCAGAGAGAAACAUUAAACCUGAUUAAACUUUAUAAUAAUAGAAACAGUAAAGGUUGAAGAAGAAGAAGAAGAGGAGGAAGAAGAAGAGGAGGAAGAAGAAGAAGAGAAAGAAGAAGAGGAAGAAGAAGAAUAGGAAGAAGAAGAAGAGGAAGAAGAAGAAGAAAAGGAAGAAGAGGAAGAAGCUGUUGAAGCUCAGAGGAAUCAAACAUGCAGUGCGACGACGUGAUCUGGGAUCUGAUCGGGAACAAAUCAUUCUGCUCCUAUAAAGUCAAGACGAAGAGUCAGAACUUCUGUCGUAAUGAAUAUAACAUCACAGGUUUAUGUAACCGUUCAUCCUGUCCGCUCGCUAACAGCCAGUAUGCUACAAUCAGAGAGGAGAAAGGUCAGUGCUUCCUGUACAUGAAGGUGAUCGAGCGAGCAGCGUUUCCUGCUAAGAUGUGGGAGAAGGUGAAGCUCAGUAAGAACUACGAGAAAGCUCUGGAGCAGAUCGAUGAGAGUCUGAUCUACUGGCCGAGGUUCCUCCGUCACAAAUGUAAACAAAGAUUCACCAAGAUCACACAGUACCUCAUACGCAUGCGCAAGCUGGUGCUCAAGAGACAGAGGAAGUUGGUUCCUCUCAGCAGGAAGGUGGAGAAGAGAGAGAAGAGGAAAGAGGAGAAAGCUCUGAUCGCUGCUCAGCUGGAUAACGCCAUCGAGAAGGAGCUGCUGGAGAGACUGAAACAGGGAACGUACGGAGACAUCUACAACUUCCCGGUCCACGCCUUCGAUCGAGCUCUGGAGAAACAGGACGAAGACGAGAGCGAAUCAGAGUCUGAGGGCGAAGGGGAGGAAGAGGAGGAGGAUGACGAGGACGUCGGGAAGAGAGAGUUUGUAGCAGAAGAAGAAGUGGACGAGAGCGACCUGGACGACUUCGAGGAAAUGAACAAACUGAGGACGAGCAGCGACGAGGAAGAGGAAGAGGAGGAGUCCAGCGAGGAUGAGGAUGAGAUGGAGGUGGAGACGAAGGCCUCCAAGUCUAAAGGCAAAUCUCCCGCCAACGGCUCGGCGGCGAGGAAGAAGCGAGCGUUCGUGGAGAUCGAGUACGAACAGGAGACGGAGCCUCAAGCCUCCAAGAGCAGGGCGGCCUCGUGAUGUCACAGCAUUCCGCCGGCCAAUCAGAACUGUGAACUGUGGUGAUGUCAGCGGGUUCCGUAUGACAUCACAGGAGGAAAGUUCUGACUUAAAAACUCAGAACAGAGACUUUAAAACUGUUUAUUUCUGUUUUAUUGAAUAUUAAAGUUUAAAGGACGAGUUCACAGUUUUUCAGGCUUGUUUUAAAGCAGCAGCUGUGAUGAUUCCUCCUGUUUAUAAUGUUUAUAAUGUUUAUUAAAGUAUAAACAGGAAGAAUCAUCAUAUUAACAUCUGACUGCUGCUUUAAACAUUAUGAACUCGUCCUUUUAACACUUUGCUUUAUUAUGAUUUCUGUUGUGUGUUAAAUAUUAAGCCUUAAAUAUUACAACAGUAUAAAAACACCACAUUAUGAACAUGUGAAUAAAUCAACUUUGGAGUA